AUGACACUCCACGACCAUCUGACGUGGAAACAGACCGAACCCGGCCGUUGGGAACGAGAGAUCGAUGAGGUGGAACAGUGCUACACCUCGCUCGCCCGGACGUACGCCGGGAGCGGCCGGACACUCUUCGCCAUAACGGGGCACAUCUCGUUCUCUGUGGCAGCAGGAAGGCUGGAAGAUGCCAUUGAAGCUUUACGAAAUGCCUGGCUACGGCUACGUUACGACCAUCCCACUCUGGCGUCGUGGGUUGAAUAUGACCGCGGCAGUCAGAAAUGCAAAAAGGUCUACGAGACCUUCGAAAAGGCAGGGAACUCCUCCGCAGCCCAGACUGCCUGGCUGCAGGAGACGUUCCGUGUGGUCGAGACGGAGGGCCUCACGGGUGAGCAGUGGUGUAACGAUGAUCCUCCUGUUCCGAAGUUGCCGACGCUGUUCGUGAUCAAACGGGAUCAAAGCAUCACCACGGGGGGGGAGAUGGUGGCGGCAGCAGACCUGGUGCUUCGCGCGCACCAUGACAUUAUCGACGGGAUUGGAACGCUCCACCUGUUCGACAAUCUGUUCCGCCAUGCCUCGCAGGUGUACGAGAACUGGCCGGGACUGCCCAGCCCCGCGUUUGGGGGCGAGUGGGUGAACCUCAGCCCCCCGCUUCGUGUGGCUGCAUCGAUCCCAGACAGUCUGACGGUUGAGCAGAAGGAGCGCUUCCACCGGAUCAUCGCGCACAACGCCGCGCUCCGGGACGGGGCACGGCUAGCAACCGUGCCCUUUCGGCCGGGGGAGAAGAUCCCCAAGCGCCACCAGCGAGUCGCGCUGACGCUGUCACCGGAGCAAAGCCACCGACUGCUGGUGACGUGCAAGACGCUUGGGUUCAGUGUGACGCACGUGUACCAUGCGGCCAUCGCACUGACGGUGCGUGAUGCGCAGAAGCGACUCGCCCAGGACCGCCAGGUGCGGUAUAUCAGCUACUCGUUGAUCAACGAGCGCGCGCACUGCACACAGCCUUUCAGUACCGCGCAGCACGCCGUUUCCGUGUACCACUCUGUCUCUGGUCAGAGUAUGGCAAUCGACCUGUCGGUUCCGGCUGCGGCCAGCCCGCCCCCCACGCAGGUUCAUGCCCGGGCGGAGUUCAUGAAGGUCGCCGAGCAGGUCAAAGCGUACUAUCUCGAGAUCCGCAACGAUACAGAGCACAUCGCCAUGGUUCCCUCGUAUUGGACGCUCUCCACCCUCCCAUAUCCGCCAGAGACGCCGUCUGUGCCGCAACCUAACCUAGCGCCUUCGGCGUCCAUCUCGAGCAUGGGUGUCAUUGACCAGAUCAUUCGCGCCCACAGGGGCCCCUUCGAGCUGACAAACCCAUGGGUCACGGGUGAGGAGCUGGGGACAGGACUUGGGCUAUUUCUCGGCACUUUCAAGGGGCAAAUCUGCCUGAGUGCGGCGUAUAACGAUGCGUGGCAUGACAUGGAUGAGGUGAUGGGGCUUGUCACCCGGUGCAACGCAUUAGUCUGCCAGUCUCUGGGUGUAUGA